AGGCUCACUAUGUGGCAGCAGCCGCGGCAGCAGCAGCAGUCGCCACCGCCUCCGCCUCCGCCGCCGCCGGCCAACGCCGCCUCCGCCGCCGCCUCCGCCGCCGCCAUGGAGGCCGAGAGAGCGGCGGGACUCCGGGCCCAGCAGCAGCAGCAGCAGGCCGCCUUGUUGGCCUCCUCCGCGGGGGGAGACCAGCCGCCUCAGCCUCCGGCUCCUCCGUCGCUUCAGUCGGCCUCGUCCUCCUCCUCCGCGUCCUCCUCGAACCGGGCCGAGCUGAGCCUCCCGGGCAUCCUGCACUUCAUCCAGCACGAGUGGGCCCGCUUCGAGGCCGAGAAGAGCCGCUGGGAGGCGGAGAGGGCAGAGCUCCAGGCACAAGUGGCCUUUCUUCAGGGAGAGAGGAAGGGCCAAGAAAACCUGAAGACAGAUCUUGUGCGGAGGAUAAAGAUGCUGGAAUAUGCUUUAAAGCAGGAAAGGUCAAAGUAUCACAAGCUGAAAUUUGGCACUGAGCUGAACCCAGGAGAAAAGAAACCUGAUACAUCAGAACCAGUCUCCAAUGGACCAGCGGAGCCCAUUUCCUUGGAAAGCAAUCAAUUCAUGUGGAAGGAAGGCCGCCAGCUCCUCCGUCAGUACCUGGAAGAAGUGGGCUACACAGACACUAUCCUAGACAUGCGUUCCAAGCGGGUUCGCGCUCUGCUGGGACGCUGCUCCGUGGAGUUGAAUGGCGCUGCUGAGCCCAGUGGCUUGGGGACGGGGCCAGCUUCAGGGCCUCCUGGUCUGAACGGGGGAGAGUCUCUCCUUGUCAAGCAGAUAGAGGAGCAGAUCAAAAGGAAUGCUGGGAAAGAGGCAAAGGACCGAAUUAGCAACACAGUGAUGGAGAAGAUCCCUUUCCUGCAGGGUUGUGAAGAAGAUAGUGAUGAAGAGGAGGACUUGGAAAGCCUACCUUUAGAGACACAGCGGCAGCACAAAAAGCAGCGAGUAAAGCUCACCAAUAAGCCCCUGAUGCCAGAAGUGGAGGAUGAAGAUGAUGACGAAGACUCUGAGGAUGCACUAAGCGAAUUUGACUUUCUGGGCUCUGGGGAGAACGGCGAGGGAUCCGGGGACACACGGCGGGCCGGAGAUGGCAAUGAGCUUGUUUUCUGCCUGCCUUUUACAGAAACCCGCAGGGUGAAGCUGCAAGGUAUGCUUGCCGACCUUCGUGAUGUGGAUGGACUUCCUCCUAAGCCAUCCAUGCCCUCAGCCAUCUCCGGUCAGCCCAGAUCUCAUGAAGGAUCACUGGGGUUCUCCUCGGAUGUGUUUAUAAUGGACACAAUUGGUGGGGGAGAAGUCAGUCUGGGCGACCUCGCUGAUCUGACAGUUACCAAUGACAAUGAACUAAGCUGUGAUCUUUCCGACAGUAAAGAUGCCUUUAAGAAGACGUGGAACCCGAAGUUUACCCUGCGGAGUCACUACGAUGGCAUCCGGGCUCUGGCAUUCCACCAUGUGGAGUCUGCCUUGGUCACUGCUUCAGAGGAUGGCACACUCAAGCUGUGGAAUCUCCAGAAAACAGUGGCAGCCAAAAAGAAUGCAGCUUUAGAUGUAGAACCUGUCUAUGCAUUCAGGGCCCACAGGGGUCCUGUGCUUUCUGUCACUAUGGGUUGCAACAGCGAGUACUGCUACAGCGGUGGAUUGGAUACACGGAUCCGUUGCUGGAGGAUCCCAGAUCUCAGCAUGGAUCCUUACGACGGUUAUGACCCUAGCAUGCUCAGCAACGUUUUGGAUGGCCACACAGAUGCUGUCUGGGGCCUGGCCUUCAGCCCCUCAAAGAACCGCCUAGCCUCCUGCUCUGCAGAUGGCACAGUGAGGAUAUGGGACCCAAGCAGCAGUGACUCCUCCUGCCUCAGCACUUACAACACAGAGAGUGAAAAUGGAAUCCCAACUUCCAUCACAUUCUCCAGUACUGAACCCACACAUGCCGUGGCAGCUUUUCAGACAGGCUAUGCAGUUCUUUAUGAUGUGGAGACAUCCUGCCCUGUCCUGACACUGGAAUCUAGACCAGCCAAUGCAGGGGCCAGUCAGAUCAACCAAGUGGUGAGCCACCCAACCCAGCCAAUCACAAUCACAGCGCAUGAUGACCGGGGAAUCCGCUUUCUAGACAAUCGAACAGGGAAAGCUGUGCAUUCUAUGGUGGCUCACCUGGAUGCUGUCACCUGUCUUGCUGCAGAUCCCAACGGUGUCUUCCUUAUGUCAGGAAGCCACGACUGCUCCCUCCGGCUGUGGAACCUCGACAACAAAACGUGCACGCAGGAGAUCACUGCCCACCGCAAGAAGCAUGAGGAGGCCAUCCAUGACGUGGCCUUCCACCCCAGCAAGGCCCUGAUUGCCAGCGCCGGGGCUGACGCCCUUGCCAAGGUCUUUGUGUGAGGAGAGGGCAGGGCCUGCAGGUGUGUCCCCAGGACCUCCUCUGUUCUGUUGUUUUCUUUAUUUCUUUCUCUGGCCCAGCCAGUGGUGCUAACACCUCUCCUCUUCGCCACGGGCGCCUCUCACCAUCUCAACCCGAGCUCAGGACUGAUCCCUGCUGGACAGCGGUGGCAGAGGCAUGAGACCAGGGAUCAGCGGGGGAAAGGCAGCUGCUUCUCUCACCUUGGGGCUCACCUUCACCAGCACUGAAAUAUUUUCCACUCAUUUCAAGGUCGCCUGGUUUUUAUUAUUUCCCAGCUCAGGGAGCAGAAGAUUCCCCCUCCCCCCUGAAUUGUUGGAGGGGUGGCAAUGGAGGGUGUUGAGACUCUUGUGAUGUUGCAAAGGGCUUUUGGCAGCUCCCCAAAACAUUUGCCUCCAUGCUGUCUUGUGCACGAAGUUUUGACGUUUCCAGAAGUUUUAGCCCUCUUGGGCCUGUGACCUUCUUUUUAAAAGGACACCCCUGGCCAGCUGCAGCACAGCUACUGAACAUUGACCAGGGCAGGCCAAAACUGAGCCAUCACGACUUCCUCUCUCUCCCUCUUCUCUCAUUCUUGGCUGUGUUCCUUCAGCUUAGCCAAAUGAGGGACAGAAGAUGCAAUUGGAGUGACACUCCCACCCCCCAAUUUCAGCUCUUAACAGCAGCCUAUUGUGGCAGUAAUACGUUCCAAGUUGCAUGCUGACGGUUUGACUUCUUGUGUGGAGGAGAGACUGAAUCAUAUGGUAGCUGCUUGGUCCACCAGGUUUUCUCUCCUCCCCAUGUGCUUCCUAGAGUUUCUCAUUCCUUCUAGCUCUCCCACCUCUUGACUCCCAAGGCACCCCUACGCUGAACAUCCCACCUUCACAAUACUGAUAAUGUAUUUGAACACCAAAGGAGGAAGGAGCUCUUUACCUACCUACCUCCGACCUUUUGUUUCCAGAAACCCUGGCUAGGGCAGGAAAGCUUGCUCCUGCCUCUGCUUUGCUUCUGUCCUUAUUGUGGAAGAGGCCACAGUUAAGAGGAGUGGGAAUAGGUGUGGGAAAUGAAAAAGGAAGGGGCAGGCAGCAACCAUAGUUAAGUAAAUAGGUGAGAGACUUGAUUGACAAGAUGGUGAGGGGUCAUUGGUGGGCUGCUUGUGAGACUAUAGGCUCCUAGUUACUUGUAAUUGUUUCAAGAAGGGGCUGGAGUGAUGGCAAGAUCUGGGAAGCACAAAGGAGGGGGAUUGAAAGAAACAUACCAGUAAGCAAGGUGGGGUUAGUUCCCAGUGAACUUGGAAGGGGUAGGCAGCCAAGGGUGGCAGUCUUGGGUUGACAGUUCUGCCUCUGCUGGCAAAAUGUUCAGAUCUUGCCUCUGCUUGCACUUAAGGCAGGAGUUGUACUGGCUCCACUUGUGGAAGCAGUCAGAUGUCUUGGGAGGUGGGCUGUAUUUGUUUUUGUUUUUCUCCUGGGGAAGGAAUCGCCCCUCAAGGUCCAUUCAGAUUCCACUCCUCUAUGGGAUCAACCCCAUCUCAGCAAUAAAUAAAUCUCUUCCGUCCCUAUGCCCUAGCUGGGAAGGGCCUACAACCAUUAAUUUUCUUGGGACUUGCAGUCAGCCUCUUCCCAGAGCCAAGUAAAGGGGCAGGUCUGGCCCCAGCUAAAAAGCAAACCAGAUUGGGCACUACAAGUGGCAUCAUGGGGUUGGGGUGGGUUUUAGAGGGAGGGCACAUCUAGGGCUUCAAAUACUGCUAAGGGGAGGUGCUGUCACGGUUUCUUGGGUUUAUCAGCUUUGGGAGUUGGUAUCACAUGUGAAGUCUGGUAAAGAGGUGUUGGCUUCAUGGUUCAAGUCAAGUGUGGGGAGGAACCAACCCUUGAGAGCCAGGAGCUUGAACUUCCAUCCCCCUAACUUGUGUGGGUAUUUGCAGGGGAGGGAGGGAUUACUGUGUUUUUAAAUAUUUUAUCUUUUUAUCUUUGGUGUAACUUACCCUGCAGUUGGCAAUCCUUACCAAAAACACUAAAAAAAAGACAAUGAAGAAGGAAUGCUGGCUGGAUUGGCGCAUGAAUUGCACAUGGAUUUUAGUGAGCAUGUCCUCAGGGUGGAGGGCAGGGUUGAACUUCAACUUGUCUUCCUGUUGAGGUGGGCGGUUAAGGGAAAGGUCAAAGGUUCCAGGUCAAAACGGCUUGGCAUAGAGUCUGCCUGUCUUGAUGGCCACAUCAAAGCCUCUUUGUCCACUGCCUCUGGAUUCUUCCACCUUGCUGAGUCCACCAGUCUGAAAUUGGGAUUGAAAGAUAUCUAUGUCUUCUACAGGAAAACAACACACACGCACGGCUUUAGAGCACCCUUCCUGGUCACGGCACUUGCUCUGGGUGACUCUACCAGAGUCUGCUUUAGCACUAAAGGAUAAGCUUGUUGUGGGGAGGCUCUGUUGUGCCCACAUUCCCCUAAUCAAGUGGAAGAGUAAAACCGUGAAAGUCUCUUGGUUUGGUUUGGUUUUAAUGGUGGGAACUUUCUUCUCCCGAUGGGAUAACUUUUAUACCUGGCUUAAACUUCCCUGACGUCCUCUUUAUUGUUGUUCCUGGGGUUUAAAAUGCCUCUUUCCUUGUAUAUUCUGUGUAUAGUAAAAGAAAAUCAGAUUGGAGGGAGGGAAAACGAAACCCAAGAGACACACAAAGGGCUGAUGCUGAAGUAACCACGAUCACGUUAUCACUGUGUGAUAGUUUCUACGAGCCAUGGUCUUUUUUAAAAUAAAAAUAGUGCUAAUUUGAGCUAAAAUAGGGACUGGGGAGGCAGUGGGUGGGUAGGGAGGGAGUUAAAGACACUGCUUUUGAAGACUGUGCUUUCUCUGAAUCUCACGGGCACAUCGGAUAAGAGGCUCAUCUUCCUCCUUCCAAACUGGGGGCCACCCUCUGGCACCCGACAACUAGCCACUUGCGAAACUUUUGGUCUAACCCCCACCUUUGCACCAGCCGGUCCCCAAUUACCCCCCCCCCCCCGACCCUGAUACGUAUCUGUGUGCUGUAUUUAUCCAGACUGAGAGCACUCCUGCCUUUUUAAAAACGCCGGUUAGCUUUUUAUUGUCUAUUUAUUUGAACUCUGUCUUCUCUCCCUUUUUUGUCCUCUUUAAUCACAAGACUGAAGUUGUAUGUGGGACAAAAACUGCCUCAGUAAUAAUAUUAAUAAUAAAAAGAAUCCUU